GCCGACACGAGAACUCAUUCACGACGGAUUUUGUGUGACUGACACAACCUUCCUGUUUCUGUGACGCGAUUUGUUGGCUUUUUCUUUUACUAUUUCUUAGUAAACCGCGUAGAACUUCACGGUAAAGUUGUUGUUUUUGUCCUCGCACAACCGUACCUGAGUUGUGUACGUGUGUUUGUGUGUGCCGCGUCCACCAUGGAUUUGGUGUGGAUUGUGGGCUGCCUGGUGAGCUUGUGCGCCUGGCUCGCUUCUGCCGAGCGCCACAGCGUGUUCUGGAACAGCACAAACCCAAAGUUUCUGUGGGACGACUACACCGUGGAGGUGAGGCUUAACGACUACCUGGACAUCGUGUGCCCACAUUACCCACAGGGCGAGGUGCUGCUGCUGGACGCCGAGCGCUACGUGCUCUACAUGGUGGAGCAGGAGGACUACGAUUCGUGCAAGCCGCAGUCGUACGACCAGAUGCGCUGGGAGUGCGGACACCCGUUUGCGCCGCACGGGCCCGAGAAGUUCUCCGAAAAGUUCCAGCGGUUUACACCUUUUACCCUCGGGAAGGAGUUCCGCCAGGGAGAAAGCUACUAUUAUAUCUCUAAACCUUUACACCACCAUGGGCAAGAGUGCCUGCGACUCAGGGUGGACGUCGUCGCGGCCGACGGCUCUCAGGAGGCCAGAGUGGCCAAAGGGGGCACAGGUGGGGCUACAGUUGGAGCUGGAGGUGGCGUUCACGACCCAUCUAACAGACUGCCUGCAGCAGACGACCCGGUGGUCAGCCUCCCCGAGGUCCAGAAGAGCGUGCGGACCAACUCGUCGGCGACGGCGCCGUCCUCGCUCUGCACCCUGUGGCUACUCGCCCCCAUGUCCUUACUGCUCCUGCUGCACUAGGACUCCAUGUUGGGGCGCAGCAUGAAGACCGCCUGUGGGGACCAAUCCACUGGACUACAACAAAAAAAAGUUUAUCUCGCCCAGUGCCGGCCACGGGGCGGAGAAUAGACGGACGUGCUUGAGGGCCACUUGCUUUUUUUGAGGACCCUGCCUGAAGAACAAUCAAGAACUGAAUGAGAUAACCCCGGAAAAGGACUCGAUCAAACUCUUUUGAGCCAAAGAUUGGUCAUCUCUCCAUCUUGUACACUAAAUCCACCCACCACUAUUGUGUACUACUCGUGUUUGUUAUUAUUAUUGUAACGUGGCAUUGACAUCAUAAGUGAUGACUUUUUUUUUUGUAUGUAGCAGACAUGGAAGCUGUUGCCGUGGCAACAACCAUCAAUACUGUAGCACUACACAUGGAGAAAGAAACGCAUCAUCAGCUGAAUCCCUUAGAAAAACCUGUUGUACAUGAUGUGAAGAUAAGUUAUGACAUGUGGGAGGUUUACUGUAUAUACCAACAUACGGAUGUGUGUGUGUGUGCGUGUUUGUUUGUGUGUGUGUGUGGGAGUUGUGGUAAGACAAAAUGUAUUACUGCCAAAAGUAAACACUGACUUGUGUUUUUUUUUUUAACAGAGAGGCUGGCCUUCUGUCUUUGUUGACUUAUUUUUAGUUUUAGUUUUUUUUUAAGCUAAAAAAAAAUUCUAAGUUAUCCCCACUAUUUAGAUUAUUAAUUUGACCAUAGCAUCUACAUCCGCAUCAUCCCCUAACAGGCUGGCGGGAACAACGAAGCACAACACAAAUGCCGACCAAUGAAGUCAGUUUUUCGUAGGUUUUUUUUUUAAGAAAAGCGAAAAAAUAAAAACUUGCUACCGA